UCGCGCGGAGCUUCGCCAGCCAUCUCUGGGAAGAGUCGUAGCCUUUAACUUCCUUCGGUCACACGGUGAGAAACGGCUUUCCGUGUUCAAGUGCUGGCUCGUUUAAGACUGUCUAACUAUCUAUAUGAACUGUGAAACUACUUUGUUUAAGUAUCUGGGGGUCAGGUGUUUUUGGGGGACACCUAAUUCUAAACAACGUUUCCACACGCAGGCGCGGGUGUGUGUGUGUGAAUCCGCUGUGUCUAAUGCGCUUUAUCCAUUCGUACGACUCAUCAUAGAUGUAAUAUCCAAAUAAGAAACAAAUCAUUUUUUUGGAGUGGUGGAUGGUUUUAAAAUCUUGUGUCAACUUCGGGAAAUCGAGUCCCGUCCCAAGUCACUGAAAUUCAAGAAACUAUCGCCUAGAAACCAGAGAGCGUCAUGCCUCGUCCCGGGAAAAACUCCUACAGCGACCAGAAGCCGCCUUACUCCUACAUAUCCUUAACGGCGAUGGCCAUCCAGAGCUCCCAGGAGAAGAUGCUUCCCCUCAGUGAUAUUUAUAAAUUCAUAAUGGACAGGUUUCCGUACUACAGAGAGAACACGCAGAGGUGGCAGAAUUCCCUGCGACACAACCUCUCCUUCAACGACUGCUUCAUCAAGAUCCCGCGGAGGCCAGACCAGCCCGGAAAGGGCAGCUUCUGGGCCCUACACCCGGACUGCGGCGACAUGUUCGAGAACGGCAGCUUCCUGCGGAGGCGGAAGCGCUUCAAGCUGAUGCGCUCCGAGCACGUGGCGUGCAAGAACUCGCCAAUGCUGCACUAUUUCCACCAUCAGCACCACCAGACCAAACUCGCCAUCGGAACUCCCGAGGGCCCCGGUAACGUGAGCAGGCUGCCCCAGUUCCAGACCUACAGCAUCAACGGCGGCCAGUCCGGAGGGUUCAAACACCCGUUCGCCAUUGAGAACAUCAUAGGACGGGACUAUAAGGGAAUGAUGACGGGCGGGCUGCCCAUUGCGUCUGUCAUGCAUCACCUGGGCUACCCUGUGCCCACGCAGCUGAGCAGCAUGGUGAACUCCAUGUGGCCGCACGUGGGCAUGCUGUCGGAGUCCAUGGGCCCCAUGCCCGUCUCCUCCGACUACGCGCCUUUCGGGGUUCCAGUGAAGAGCCUCUACCACUCCAACGGCCAGACCAUGCCCGCGGUCCCAGUUCCUAUCAAACCGACGCCCGCCCUGGGCCAGAUUCCUACGCUCCCGGGCCUAACGGCCGGUCCCGCGCAGCUCUGUGCCCCCAGCCCCUCCUCUCUCCUGGAGAAGACCCUGCCCGAUCUGUCGGAGGGGAAAGGCUCUGCCCUGCACCCGGCGCUUCUGCUGUCAUAGAGACAACCAGACGUGAAAAUCGGCUUUAAUUUUACGAAAUUUAGGACAAUGCGACUGAAGAGAUGUGUGUAACAGUAUGUAUUAAAAAUGUAUUCACUUUGUAGAAACAGUAAACAGUAAGGCAGAUAAGGUUGGUUAUAGGAGGACACUAACGGGAGAUUUGACUCGAUUUCCAGAGAGCAUUGUGAAGAUUGAUUGUGUAUAUUCUUCACGGCCUUUGAUUUAAAUCUUUUAUUAAAAUGUGUAAUUUUAAGGGGGAUGGGGGAUACAAUCUUCAAUUUGACCCAAAGAAGUUAUAAGGUGAAAAAUGAACCAGGAAUAUAUGGAUAUAUUUUUGUGUUGGCAUUACCCUCGGCCGAACUAAUUUUUUUUCAGUGGAUGCUGCGCGAGACCGAUGUCCGCGUGCUUUCAUUUUCAUAGACUAUUUAAAAGCUCAUCAAGUUGGUAGAAAAUGUUUACCUUAAUACAAUUAAGUUAACGAAUCUUAUUUAAAUGCCACGCAAUUAAAUUAAUUCAUUUAAAAAUGUAACAAAAUAAUAAGAAAAAAUAUCCUCUAUUGUAACGAUUGAAUGUUCUAUUAGAAGAUAUUUAUAAAGCACUUUAAUUUCA